AUGCCUCCAAAGCGCUCUUCGCCAGGCAGGAGAGGAGUUCCUCUCCUCUCCUUUUUCUUCCUCGUUCCCCUUCUCUUCCACCUGUCAGCUCCACUCUGGUUUUCCUCGCGCCUCCUCGCCGUUCGCGACGUCGAAGCCGCGCAACUGCGGACCCAGGUGAAUGCCACGAGCGAAGGCGAAGCCAGUAACGCCGCUAACGCCGCCUCCCCCCCUGGACCGUCAGGCGCACCGGCCUUCGCCGGAGACGCCGCGGCGCCUGCAGGUCUUGCCGGUCCUCCUGUCCUCACGCCUUCUGCCUCGUCCUCGCCUGCAGCUCUUCCCUCUCCCUCGUCCCCUCCCGCUCCGGCUCUGCUUCCAGUGGUCGAAGGCGAACGUCGCCAGGCUGUGGUGUCUGUGGAACAGACGCAGUCUGUGUCGCCGCCUACUUCAGUUUUGCCUGUGCCUCUCAAUGGCCCCGCUGCGGUAGCCUCGCGCGCUGCGCCAAGAAGGGGGGAACUCCCCAACGCGCAACCGGCGCCUGAGGCCGCAGCUGGCCUCGCUUCGGCCUUCGACGGCGGGGCCACGGACGCCGGUGCGUUGUCGCCUCGCAUGCAAGUGACUUUCUGGUCGAUUCUGGUGUCUCCGCUCGCCGCGUUUCCUGCGUUCCUCGCUGCGCGCCUCCUCUGGCUGAUGAAAGUCCUCGCCGUCUUGUCCGCUGUGUUCAUGCUGCUCUCGCCUCUUCCCACUGUCAUUCGCAUCAAAGCCUGCCACAGCACCGCCGAGCUCCAAGGCCUGCCGUACGUCAUGCUUCUCCUCUCCGCCGUCAUAUGGUUGGUCUACGGCACUCUCCGGCGAGACCUCGUCCUCUUUGCGCCGAACCUGUGCGGCUUAUUCCUCUCCGCGUGGUACGUCCACGUCUUCCGGAAAUUCUGCAAAAACCCUCACCAAGCAGAGCUGCUCCGAAUCUACAUCGCCCUCAGCGGCUUCCUCCUCGCCGGCAUCUUCAUCGCCUGCCUCUUCCUCGGAUUUGACUCCGGCACGCAACUCGUCGGACUCGCUGCAGCGGUGAUCAACGUGUUCAGUUACGUCGCGCCCCUCUCGGCUUUGCGAGUGAUUCUGCGCGAGAAGAGCACCGCGUGUUUGCCUGUCGAAGUGUCGAUCGGCAACUGGAUUUGCAGUUCGCUUUGGUUGUUCUAUGGAUGGUUGAGUGAAGACCUCUUCAUUCUCCUCCCCAACCUCAUCGGCACCGUCGUGGGGUCUGCUCAGUUGGUCCUUCUGGUGUUGUACCCGCCGCCUUCGCGUCGAGGCUUCUCGGUGUUAGGCGGCAGCAACUGCAGCCGGCCGUACCGGCCUCCGGCGUGCGCAAUUCCGGCAGUUGAAGAGGAUUUCCCUGUCUUGCUGCCGCCUUCCUACGGGUCUCCUGGGGCUCCGGCGCCGUCGUCGCUCGCGCCGCUGUCCGCCUCGCAGACAGAUUACCUCUCGCCCUCCGCCUCCUUCGCCUCAGCGCCUGUGGCCAGCGUCGCCAGCACGGCGGCGUCGCACGACGAGGAGCGAGAGUCGCAUGUCUUGAGUCGCGAGAAGAGCGUGCGAGCCGCGGACGCCGCGCACAGCUCCGUAUGCGGGGUGAAUGCGCCGUCUCUGCCCACCCACGAAAUGCUCCUGAGGGACUGGAAACAGCGCCUGCUGCGUGCGCGAGAGGAAGAGCGUCUCGGCAGAAGACCGGAAGACGACGCGACUCGCGAAGGCCCCGAUUGGUUUCUCGACUGCGACGAGCACGGAAACCCUCUAGUGGCUCGAGGCAGCGUGGCGGGGGGUGCGUACGACGCGGCAGGACGGCGCGAGGCACCGGGAGACUGUGCCUUCUUAGGAGAGAAAGACGCCACGUACGACGCGCAGACAUGGACGGAGCGAACCUCGGCGAGUUUCGAAGGUCGACAGGCCGUAGUGGCCUUCGACGACUUUGAAGACGCUGAAAACGCGGCCGCUGCGGCGUACGGAGAACUCGCAAGCAGAAGCGCGGGUCAGCUGCGGUUGGCGUAA